AUGGUUCCCAUAUUGUGUGUGAGAGGAGCUGUUGAGUCGGAGUUGAGGCGUGUGGUCUCUGAGCCUCUGGACGAGCAUCUGUUUUUCGGGACUGAUUUCUCUCAGUUGCAGAACAUCCUCCUCAGACUGUCCCGAAGACUCUGCAUCACCGCCUCCGAGCCCCCACGGCCCGUCAAAGCCCCUCAGCCUGUGGAACAGCCGGUGGUGGGUCCGAGGGAUUUUCAGAUCAGAGAGGUGAACCAUAACUCCCUCAAACUGAGCUGGACUCCUGCCACUGGAGACGUGACCGGAUACAGGCUCCUGGUGACUCCACUCAGCUCCAGAGGACAGCCCCAGCACUCACUACAGAGACAGAUUGAUUUAAAGGCAGAUGUGAGCACAGUUUUGGUGACAGAGCUGACUCCUAAGACAGAAUACUCCCUCACUGUUUACGCCAUCUACCCCAGCCUCAUCGGGGACGCGGUGACCAUCCCAGUUCAGACAACCUCUUUACCACAGGUGUCUAACUUCCGUGUGAUUGAGGAGGGGCUGUUUUCUCUGCGUUUGGGCUGGUCAGUGCCUCUUGGAAAGAUCAAUGGAUUUAAGAUUUUCAUCCCAAGAACCAACAGACCAGGCUUCACAUACGAGCAGCUCCUCCCUGGGGACAUCUCGUCUCAUGUGAUCGACAGUUUAGAGGAGGACAAAAAAUACAUUGUCAGUAUUUACACUGUGUUUCCGGAGGGACCCAGUGAACCGGUGUCUGUGGUGGGAAAGACAUUAAAGUUGGUGCCAGUUCAGCAGUUUUUGGUCCAAAAUGCAACGACAGACACGCUCCAGGCAAAAUGGACAUCGGUCAGAGGAGCCAGUGGAUACCGACUCACGUGGGAAGCUCCAGUUUGCAGGACAGCGGUGCAGGCAGACCUAGUUUUCCUGGUGGAUGAAUCUUGGAGCGUUGGUCAGACCAGUUUCUCCACACUCAAACACUUCAUCUCGUCUGUGGUGUCGUACUUCCCUGAUCAUGUGGUGGGCUCUGAAGGGGUCCGCUUUGGGGUCACUGUGUUUGGAGAUAUACCCAGGAUGCAGAUUGCUUUGACAGACUACAGCACACAGGAGGAGACCCUUAAAGCCGUCAGAGACCUCACGUAUGAGGGAGGGUCCAGGAAGUUGGGCGUGGCUCUGAGAUACCUGGUGGAGAAUGUGUUCAGUUCAGCCAUCAGCCGAGACCACGCACCCAAGAUCGCAGUAUUGAUCACAAAUGGGCGUUCUGAGGAUCAGGUUGAGUUGGCUGCGCGGGAGGUUGCUGACAGUGGCAUUUCUCUGUUUGCGGUCGGUGUGAGAGGAGCUGUUGAGUCGGAGUUGAGGCGUGUGGUCUCUGAGCCUCUGGACGAGCAUCUGUUUUUCGGGACUGAUUUCUCUCAGUUGGAGAACAUCCUCCUCAGACUGUCCCGAAGACUCUGCAUCACCGCCUCCGAGCCCCCACGGCCCGUCAAAGCCCCUCAGCCUGUGGAACAGCCGGUGGUGGGUCCGAGGGAUUUUCAGAUCAGAGAGGUGAACCAUAACUCCCUCAAACUGAGCUGGACUCCUGCCACUGGAGACGUGACCGGAUACAGGCUCCUGGUGACUCCACUCAGCUCCAGAGGACAGCCCCAGCACUCACUACAGAGACAGAUUGAUUUAAAGGCAGAUGUGAGCACAGUUUUGGUGACAGAGCUGACUCCUAAGACAGAAUACUCCCUCACUGUUUACGCCAUCUACCCCAGCCUCAUCGGGGACGCGGUGACCAUCCCAGUUCAGACAACCUCUUUACCACAGGUGUCUAACUUCCGUGUGAUUGAGGAGGGGCUGUUUUCUCUGCGUUUGGGCUGGUCAGUGCCUCUUGGAAAGAUCAAUGGAUUUAAGAUUUUCAUCCCAAGAACCAACAGACCAGGCUUCACAUACGAGCAGCUCCUCCCUGGGGACAUCUCGUCUCAUGUGAUCGAUGUGAUCGACAGUUUAGAGGAGGACAAAAAAUACAUUGUCAGUAUUUACACUGUGUUUCCGGAGGGACCCAGUGAACCGGUGUCUGUGGUGGGAAAGACAUUAAAGUUGGUGCCAGUUCAGCAGUUUUUGGUCCAAAAUGCAACGACAGACACGCUCCAGGCAAAAUGGACAUCGGUCAGAGGAGCCAGUGGAUACCGACUCACGUGGGAAGCUCCAGAUGGCCACAUUGAGAACAUAAACCUCGCGGACAACUUCAACUUUUACAUGAUCCAGGGUCUUCGCUCAGGCGCAGACUACACUGUCACCAUCAACCCCAUCUUUGGAGACAUCGAGGGACCCAUCACCACCAGCAAAGCCAAAACAUUGGAGAGCAGUGCGGUACAGUCUCUCAAAGUGUCUGCGGUCACCACCAGUUCAGCUGUGGUCUCCUGGAACAGUGUCCCCGGGGCCACUGGGUACAGACUGGCCUGGGGACCCACACCAGAGUUCGUAGGUCGUGAUCGUCCUCGUCAGCUGGCUCUAAACGGCAGCACCACGGAAUAUCACCUCAAACACGUGGCCCACGACACCGAGUAUGUCCUGACUCUGUACGUGCUCUUCGGCUCUGUGGUGGGACCAGGCAUCAGCGCCACCUUCAGGACAUCUCCGCUUGGCUACGUGUCCAACUUCAAGGUCGUCUCUUACACCAGUACGUCCAUCGAUGUGGAGUGGAGUCCCAUUGUGGGAGCUACAGAAUACAGGCUCACCUGGAAAACUGAUGGGGCCAGUCCACAGUCCAAAUACCUGGACCAUAGCAUCUUGUUCUAUCACAUUGAAGAUUUGAGUCCUCUGUCCACUUACACAGUCACUAUCUGUGCUCUCUAUGGAAAUGCAGAAGGGCCAGAGAUUUCAUUAUCACAACUCACCGCUGCUGUUUCCGAUUCAGACCCGAUCCAGGCUCCACGAGAGGUGAAGGUGGUUGACAUCGGAGUGAACUUUUUUACUUUGUCGUGGAAGAAAACGUCCGGGGCAUCUGGGUACAAAAUCUCCUGGACCCCCUUCUUAGGAGGUGAGGAUAAGUCACACACAGUUUCGGGUUCGUCCACUUCCUACACGAUUAAAAACCUGCGUGAGAGCUCGGCCUAUAAGAUCCAGCUGUCCUCUGUGGUGGGGGACAAAGAAGGCAGUCCAGUCCUGGUCACUGCACGAACAUUGGAUCUGCCCAAAGUGAACGGAUUUGAGGCCUUGAACACCACAGACAGCAGCACCAUUCUCAACUGGACCAGAGUCGCCGGGGUUUCUGGGUAUCUUCUCUCCUGGAGGCACAUUUCAAUUCUGGACACUAAGACUGAGAUCCUGGGUCCUGGUGUUACCUCUUUCAAGAUUGGAGACCUCUUAUAUGGAAGAACCUAUAUUUUUACCAUCAGGCCGCUGUAUGGAGAAGUGGAGGGCCCAAUAACAACUAUAUACCAAAGAAUAUUGGGAGAGGACCCUCAGGUUUCAUCUGUCCUGGCCACUGCUGCUCCAAAUUUGGCUCAGAUCACCAAAAUCUCCCAGCCAGCUCCGGCCACCAAUCCUGCAGUACCUCCCACCACCACCAGGAGGAACCGGCCCCCUGCUGCUGCUGUGCCAGCGGAAAAACCCAAAUCUAAGAAAUCUCAGAGCAAAGCAGCCCUGAGUGAGACAGAAAAAUAUGCGCCACUGGCCACAAAGAAACCAGAGACUACCGCUGCACAGACCACAGGAUGCGAUAAGGCCCGAGCAGAUGUGGUUUUCCUGGUGGAUGAGUCAUCGAGUAUCGGCGUAGACAACUUUAACAGAAUAAAGGACUUCAUAUUCAGAGCUGUAACUUACUUCCCUCUCAUUGGACCACAGGGAACUCAGAUUGCGGUGGUCCAUUACAGCGAUGAUCCUCGAAUUGAGUUUCGUCUGAACGACAACAAGGACAGAAAUUCUUUGCUCCGAGCGCUCCGAGCUUUGCCCUAUCGAGGAGGCAACACCAAAACAGGGAAGGGCAUUGGUUACGUCUUACAGGAGCUGUUCCAGGAGUCUUUGGGAAUGAGACAAGAUGCUCCUCACGUCCUGGUGCUGAUCACAGACGGAAGAGCCCAAGACGACGUGGUACCGCCCUCGAGAGUGGCACGAGCUCUAGGUGUGAGUGUGCUGGCUGUCGGAGUGGCUAAUGCAGACAUUGAUGAGUUGAAUAAAAUCGCGGCUCCCACAAACUACAAGAACAUUUUCUACUCUCCCUCCUUUGACGACUUCCCUUCGAUUGAGAGGGACUUCAUCAACAGCAUCUGCAGUGACGAGCUCCUGUCUGAAUACAAACUAGAGCCAGAGGAUGCUCAGUUAGACAAUCCCACGGGAGACCCAGAGGAGGUGUCAAAGCCUGAGGCCCCCUGCCCCACCCACUGUGUAAAGGGCCAGAAGGGAGAUAAGGGCGAUGGGUUUGGACUUGGGGGUCUGAAAUUUAGAGCAAGUCCUGGAAAAUUUGAUCCUUUUACAGCUACAAAAGGAGAACCAGGUGAAAAGGGCCCCCCUGGAACAGAUGGUGUUCCUGGAUUACCGGGGCGCCCGGGGAGAUCUGGACCCCCGGGAUCCGCUGGACUGAGGGGUCCCCAAGGUAUCCCAGGUGACAGGGGUCUUCCUGGAGCCCCUGGGCCAAAGGGUCAAAGAGGAGAAAGGGGAGAGCCUGGAUAUGUAAUUGCAGGUCCUGAUGCCAACUAUGUUCCUGGGAGAAAAGGAGAGCCUGGAUCUUCUGGCCCACAAGGUGCCCCUGGUGUCCCAGGUGUGAAUGGAGCACCAGGACUCCCAGGACCCCCAGGUUUACCUGGACCACCAGGAGAAACUGUGAAGGGAGAUCCAGGGGAGCCAGGCAAAAGGGGUUUACCUGGUAAUCCUGGGGUGCCAGGAGAAAAAGGAGAGCCUGGGAGAGAUGGCAAUGCUGGUCUGCCUGGUCCCAUUGGUCUUGAUGGUGUACCUGGAUUAUCUGGACAAAAAGGGCAAAAGGGACAAGAAGGCAUUGGCAUCCAGGGUAUCCAAGGCCCAAGAGGAGAACCAGGACAGAAGGGCAACAUUGGCUUAACUGGACCAGUUGGACCAAAGGGUGAGAGAGGAGAGCAAGGAAUCCAAGGCAUAGUGGGACCUCGGGGAAAGAAGGGACUUGAAGGCAACAAAGGUGACAAGGGAGACAAAGGAGACAUCGGACCAACUGGAGCUCAAGGACCAACAGGGUUGACGGGUCCAAAAGGUUUAAAGGGAGACGAAGGCCAGAGAGGAGUCCCCGGGGACCCAGCCAAGGGUAUAAUUGGACCAACUGGGAAAAAAGGAGCAAGGGGAGACAUUGGUCCAGUUGGUCCCACAGGUCCACAGGGAAUCAAAGGUGAACAAGGAGACAAGGGAACUAAGGGCAGUCCUGGUUUUGGGAUCCCUGGUCAGCGUGGACCAAAAGGAGAAAAUGGAGAACGAGGAAAUGUUGGGUUAUCUGGAAAACCUGGCCCAAAGGGGCAGGACGGCUCCAAAGGCGACAAAGGAAAUAUUGGGUUGCCCGGCAGUCCUGGAGAUCCAGGAUUAAGAGGUAAAGAUGGUGCCCCUGGAGUGAAAGGAGAUCCAGGAGUAAAGGGAGAUGUAGGACCAUCUGGAGAGCCUGGUGACAGAGGCAUUAGAGGUCCACUCGGUUUGCCAGGACGACCAGGAGACCAAGGCGAGAAAGGAGAGUCUGGGUCAUCUGGUAACCAUGGUACGGAUGGAUCCAAGGGACAAAAAGGCGAGCCUGGAAAACCUGGACCUUCUGGACAUCAAAUUGUCAGCGAUAACAACAUUUUGACCAGAGUCAUUAAGGGUGAACCAGGAGAGCCAGGAGAACCAGGAGAGCGCGGUGUAAGAGGAGACUCAGGCCCACCUGGACCUCGAGGUCCUGAAGGGAAACCUGGUUUACCUGGUUCAUCAGAGGGUGGAGUUGGAAAAGAUGGACUGGAUGGAUUACCAGGAAAACCAGGACAAAAGGGUGAACCCGGACAAAAAGGGGAUUCUGGAGAGAAAGGAGACAAAGGAGAGCAGGGCAAAGUUGGCAUAGCUGGGAUUCCCGGUUUACCAGGCACCCCGGGACGGCCAGGCAUUGACGGAAAAAGAGGUCUGCCCGGCAACACUGGAGACAGAGGGCAGAAAGGAGAAGAAGGCAAAAAGGGCGAAAAAGGGGACUCUGGAGCUGAUGGUCGAGAUGGGAGCAAAGGUGAACCAGGAGCCCCGGGUUUACCUGGAAAACAAGUUCUGGUGACUGCAGACGGUGCUUCAGUUGACGAUUUACGCCAAGCCUUUCCAAUACCAAUGGGUCCUCCGGGGGCAACUGGCUCUCCAGGAAUGAAGGGUGAAAAGGGAGAAAUGGGUGUCAAAGGAGAAAGGGGUGAAGCUGGAAAAAGCAUCGAAAUGAAAGAUAUAGAGGAGAUGUUUGACGCAUAUGGUAUACGGCUCCCGUUGCUGAAAGCUUUGAUUGACCGGCUACUUCAGGACGGAAUAGAGGAUCUGCUCCACGUUCUCGGAACUGCUAAGAAAAACAGAGAAAAGUCUGACAGCCACACGUCCAACAUCAUCACAGAGCUCACCAGUUCACUGAAGUUUUCAAACCAGCCGCUGUCAGAACUGGCCGAUCCUGCUUUUGACAGAGAUCUGGAGUCUGACCAUUUGAAUGCAACAGCUGAAGGACCAACAUUAUGGACUCUGAGCAGAGACGAGCAGAGCACAACUCAUGACAAGUUUAAGGAACCUGGGAAAAGUGACAACGCAUCAAUAAAAUCAAACUGGACGGUUAUCAACUCCACCAGUGAUACAACAGCCAAUAAGACAGUGUUAAAGUCUUCAGAUCCGGUUGUUGAGACUCUGAUCUUGAGUCAUGAAGAUUUACAAAAGAAAAGCUCAGGACAUAAAAAGAAAAACCGUGGAAAGGGCAAAGGAAGUAAAGGACGACAUAAGAGGCAGAGACACCGCCUGUCCAGUGACAUUGACGAAGGAGGAGAGGAGCCGGAUGAGCUCUACACGGCUGGAGAAUACAGUUAUGAGGAGACGGUAUUCCCAGAUGAGUCUUUUGUUUCACUGGAUGGGGCUGACAACAAGCAGGAGGAAGAGAUGUCCAUCCACAGGCCAGACGAAACAGAAACAGCAGAGCACAUGAUCACAGAGGAACAGGGUUCAAAUCUGAUGGAUACUCCACCCACAGAAGAGCCAGAUAAGGUUUCUAAGGUCAGGGUGAGAAAAAGUGUGCAGUGGACUCAUUCAGGGGCGUCCAUGCCAGGAGCUCCAGGCAGAAGAGGCCAAUUCAAAGAAGCACCACAAUAUCACACAUCAGGAGCUCAAGGUUAUAACAACUUCAGUAAUAAAAAACAACAAAAUCCCUACAGACCUAGUGGUAAAGUUGGAGUGAGGGACAGACUGAGCUACCUCGCUACAGAGAGCGAAGACAUCGAAGAAGAAACUGAGGAAUGGGACACAGAGCCCACAGAACCAAGCUACGACUCAGAUUUUGAGGAAGAGGAGGAGAGCGGAGACUACGAGUGGACCACAGACGACGAAGAUCAGGAUUUAGAUCAAGACGAGCUGGAAGAGGAGAGAGAGAGGGAUCGGAUUGCAAUGGAGCGAGAGAAAGAGGAGUUGGAGAGAGAGCGAGAGCUGGAGAGGCAAGAGGAGAGAGAGAGGGCAAAAACCAACGAGGACUUAGAUCGACACCCAGAGCCGGACUCGGAGAGGACUGAGGAAGACUUGGAGAGGGAGAGGAUGGAGUGGGAGAGGAGGAGGGAGGAGAUGGAGAGGAGGAGACAAGAAGUAUAUGACCCCGAAACACAGCAGCCCUACCCAUAUAACCCAGAGUACUUUUUAUUUAAGGGGCAGCCAGGAGAGAGCGGAAAACCGGGAUCAAAGGGAGAAAUUGGUGAAAAGGGGCAAAAGGGAGAGCCAGGUAUGGGCUACAGAGGACCUGAAGGGCAGGCUGGACCUCCUGGACAGAAGGGUGAGCCAGGGGAGCCGGGACCCCCUGGUGCUCAGGGCAUACAGGGCAUCCGGGGUAAUGCCGGUCAGCAGGGCUCCCCCGGACUGAGAGGACAAACAGGGGAUCCUGGAGCACCGGGCAGAGAGGGAGACAGAGGGAAACGUGGGAAGAAUGGGACACCAGGAACUCAAGGCCCCCGAGGACCUCCUGGUGCUGUGGGUGAUCCUGGAGUUCCUGGUGUGAAAGGGGAAAAGGGGGACAGUAUUCCUGGAGAAGCUGGAGCCAGAGGUUUGGUGGGAUUCCCAGGGAGAAAGGGUGAAAAGGGGACGGCAGGUGAAAAGGGCGUUCCAGGGCAUUUGGGUCCCAAAGGCUUUCGAGGCACUAAGGGUGAAAAAGGAGAACGGGGUGUACCUGGCAUCAGAGGUGACAGAGGAAGCGUAACCCAAAUGCAAGGGCCACGCGGGUAUAAAGGGUUCAAAGGAGACGCGGGUGAGAGAGGUCCUCCUGGUUUUGAUGGAGAUAAAGGAGAAAAAGGAGAAGACGGUCCUCCCGGAGGGAAGGGUCUUAAAGGUGACGCUGGGACUAAAGGAGCGAUCGGACGCUUUGGAGCUAGAGGUCCAGUGGGUCAGAAGGGAGACACUGGGGAGCCUGGUCUGAACGGAGUCAUGGGCCGCAAUGGAGACGAUGGAGUGGACGGAGCCAAAGGGGACAAAGGUGACGAUGGACUUCAGGGAGAGAAAGGCAAUCAGGGAGAUGCAGGGGAACCAGGUUUACCAGGAGACAAUGGGGAGAAGGGAGAGAAGGGUUUUCGAGGGAUACUUGGUCGCUCUGGGAGUCCGGGACUUAAUGGAGAGAAGGGAGACAUGGGUUUACCUGGAACACCUGGAAUUCCUGGAUUAAAUGGACUCACUGGACGCAAGGGAGAUAAAGGUGAAGGAGGUUUGAAUGGAGCUGAUGGAGAAGUUGGGGAGAAGGGUGAUAAGGGAGUAGCAGGGUUUCCUGGUUUUCCUGGAUUCAAAGGCUCAGCUGGAAGUCCGGGGAGAGACGGAGACGAAGGACCCCCUGGAGCGCCAGGGCCGAGGGGCAACACAGGACCAAAGGGUGAAAAGGGGCGCAGAGGCAGAACAAAAAUGUGUCAGAAAGGACAACCAGGAUCUCCAGGACUCAGAGGACUCCCUGGAUCGAUGGGCACUGAAGGAAUAAAAGGAGAGAAAGGAGAGCCUGGACUAUCGGCGUCUGAGGUGAAGGAGCUGGUGACUCAGCAGGUGGUGGAUCAGUGCGGUCUGGAAUAUAAGUUUAUGGUGAAGUCUGUUGAUCCUGAUGCUACUAAACCAGUGAGAGGAGACAAACCUGAUCUAAACCAGAAGGAGAGAGAGAAAGAGGAGCAGGAGGUAGAUGUGUAUGAAGAACUGUAUGAAGACAGUGACAGAUCCGUCACCACUGCAGCCCCCGUGAGCCCAGGAGAGACGGACCUGCCUCUAAACAGCACUGACUUGACAAGGAUGAAGAGACGUGCGUUUGGAUCCAGUAAUGGCGUUUAUGGGCGGGAGCGGUGCCUGGAGCCGAUGAAGGAGGGCUCGUGCUCAGAGUACAUGUUACUGUGGUACUUUCACUCUGCCUCAGGAGAGUGCAGGCCCUUUGUGUAUGGAGGCUGUGAGGGAAACGGAAACAGAUUCUCCUCCAGGCAAGAGUGUCAGAGCUGGUGUGGGACGAGGCAAAAAGAUGCAUCAACAGGCUCUGAACCGUGGAGAUGA